ACCACAAUUGUGCUGUCUAUCAUUAGGUAUACUGACUGUUUGUUCCCUCUGCCUAUAAGAUUCAGUUAGAGAUAUGGCAGAGAAGCAUCACCAGCAAAGCAUGGGAGAAAAGGGAGACUUCAAUUCAGAGAACACCUGGGCACAGCUACUAGGCUCAAAAGUUAAAAUAGAGCAUUCCCAACCUGCUGUAGCUGAGGGAGAAAACCAUGCCAGCGAUCUCAAGAGAGUGCAGAUUCAAGUUCUGCAAGAGGAAGGCGUUUGGCAAACAAGAAAUUAUAUUCUUAAGGAAGAGUUGUCAGGAGAGAGAGGUGAAGGUAUCAGACGUUUAAGAAUGUACGAUACUGAAUCAAAGAUAUACAAAGAUGUAUUACCAAAAAUGGAAAGACUAAUGACGAAAAUGGGUAUACAAGAAGAAUCUCUGUGGGCUCAUUGUAUUGGGCAAUUUAACAACACUUUAGUUCUAGAAGAUUUGAAGGUAAGCGGUUAUCAAACAGUGGACCGAACCCGGGGGUUCGACUACCCGCAUGCUGCUUUGGUCAUCCGUGGGCUGGCUCAGUUCCAUGCUCUGUCUGUAGUCUUACAAGACAUAGGUGAACUGGAAUCUUCUGAUUUCAGAAACUUUGUCUUUGAUGGGAGAUACGAACACCUCCAUGACUUUAUCACUUCCAGCUUUCAGUAUCUUCACAGAGUUGCUUCUCAAGAAUGGUCUCCUGAAUGGAAAGACAUCAUUGAAAAUGUAAGACACAUACCAGAAAUAGCAGUAGCGAAGUUGCAAGAGAUCACAAAACUUCAAGAAGGUGCUUUCCAUGUCCUAAAUCAUGGUGAUUCUUGGGUAAACAACGUUAUGUUCAAACAUAAUGAAGGAACUCCUGAAACAAUAAAACUAGUGGACUUCCAGCUUUCUCAUUUCAACUCAUACGCAUUCGAUCUUCAUUACGUGGUAAAUACCUCGGUUUCCAGUGAGGUUUUGCAUCAUGUAGAUCGACUGUAUGAAGAAUACCAUUAUCACUUGACUUCAGAACUGGCGAAACUAGGCCGAACAAAUGGUCCUUCACUCUCAGAAGUCUUUUCUGAAUUACAGCGGACUGAAUUCUUUGGACUUUUUGCUGCAGUCGCAGUAUCACCCGUCAUAUUGGCUAGACAAGAGUUAGCACCUCCUAAAGAUAAAUCAGCAUAUACUCUUGCAGAACUCGAACAAAGAAAAGAAGAUCGUUACAGAACUGAAGAAUAUACCAGAAGAAUUCAGGUUAUUCUUAGAUGUGCUCAGCAUGGAGGAUUAUUUGAAAGAUUGCACAUGUAGAUAUUUUCCCAUAUCGUUAUACAACAUUAAGUACAAAUCAUCCUUUGUAUAUUUACCGUUAUAUAUUAA